AUGGCACCUCCAGCUCUAGCCACUUUCGACGCUACUUCCUCCAGUCUCGAAAGCUGGCCCAAAAUCCUCAUCCCCGAAAAAGUAUCCGUAGACGGCCUCGCCUUACUAGGAAAUACUUUUGAAAUCCACCAGCCCAAGUCUCUCUCGCCCACAGAACUCCUCUCUAUAAUCCCACACUACUCCGCCCUCAUCGUCCGUUCCGAAACAAAAGUCACCGCCGAGGUCCUCGCCGUCGCCAAAAAUCUCAAAGUCGUAGCACGAGCAGGCGUGGGUGUGGAUAAUAUAGACGUGGAAGCCGCGACUAAACAUGGUAUUAUCGUGGUUAAUUCACCGAGCGGCAAUAUUGCGGCGGCGGCCGAACAUACGAUUGCGUUAUUGAUGGCGGUGGCGAGGAAUGUGCCAGCUGGGGAUCGGUCGUUGAGAGGGGGUAAAUGGGAAAGAGGUGGGUUAGUAGGCACGGAGGUGGGGGGAAAGGUUUUGGGGAUCGUGGGGUUGGGAAAGGUGGGGUUGAUGGUGGCGAGAUUGGCGGGUGGGUUGGGUAUGAAGGUGCUAGCGUUGGAUCCGUAUGCUAGUCCGGAGAUUGCAGAGGCAAAUGAGGUGUUGUUGGUGAAGGAAUUGAGGGAGUUGUUGCCAGUGGUGGAUUUCUUGACAAUUCAUACUCCGCUUAUCGCUAGCACCUUGGAUUUGAUCGGGAAGGAGGAAUUGGGAAUGAUGAAGAAGACGGCAAAAGUACUGAAUGUGGCGCGAGGGGGAGUCUAUAAUGAACAAGCAUUACUCGACGCUCUCAACGAGAACAUCAUCGCAGGUGCAGGUCUCGAUGUCUACACAUCCGAACCACCUCUCCCCUCAUCCCCCGCGCAAAAACUCACUCAACACCUCAAGGUAGUCGCAACACCACAUCUAGGCGCUUCGACGAUCGAAGCCCAAGAAUCGGUUUCCGUCGAUGUCUGCACGCAAGUCCGAUCGAUUCUCACCGGAGGUCUCCCCACAUCUGCCGUUAACGCGCCGCUGAUCCUACCCGAAGAAUAUAAGAAAUUGCAGCCGUUUGUUAAGUUGAUGGAGAAAAUGGGGGGACUUUAUACGCAGCAUUAUGGGGGGAAGGGGGUUGGGGGCAAGAAAUUUCAGGUGCUUUAUGAGGGGGAAUUGGCGGGGAUUUAUAAUACGAGGCCGUUGUUUGCGGCCUUGGUUAGGGGCUUGAUGGGUAGUAUUAGUGAGAGGGGAGGUCGCGAUGUUAAUAUUGUGAAUGCGGCGUUGUUGGCGAAGGAGAAAGGCAUUGUGAUUAGUGAGACGCAUGUUUCGGAAAGUAGGAAUUUGGUGUAUGCCAGUCUUGUGACGUUGAAGGUUGAUGGAAGUGGAGGUAUAGGUGUAGGAGGUAUAGGAGUUGGAGAGAAAGGAGCAGAAAGAAUUAGGGCAGGCAAUGGAGAUCAAAUAAUCAGUGGUUAUGUAAGUGAUCGGGGUAUUUUCAUAAGCAGACUCGAUAGGUUCAGUACUAGUUUUGCGCCCGAGGGCACAUUGUGUGUGUUGAGGAAUAAUGAUGAGCCCGGGAAGAUAGGGGUUGUGGGGGGGAUUCUGGGGAGGGCCGGCAUUAAUGUUAGGUUUAUGAGUGUGGCGGCUGUGGAUGAGAGGGGUGAGAAGGGGUUGGGAAAAGAGGGGAUGGGAGAAGAGGGGAUGAGAAAUGAGGGGAGGAGAAAUGAUGGGAAGAGAGAAAUUAAAAAUGAAGCGUUGAUGAUACUGGGUAUUGAUGGUGUGGUUAGUAAGGAGGUAGAGGAGGAAUUGAGGGGUGAGGAGGGCAUCUUUGAUGUGGGGAUCGUUCAUUUGUGA